AUGCUGGCCUCCCUCGCCCUCCUCCUGGGGCUGCCGCUCGCCCUUGCCACCGAGCCCCCCAGCUGCGCCCCGCUCGUCCCGGUCACCUUCGACGAUGCCACAGUGCCUAGGCUCCUGGGACAGUGGACCUACAUCGCUGGCGCCUCCAGGUACCCACCUCACCUGGAGGAGCUGAAGGCAGUGAAACACGCGGUUUUUUCCUUCUUUCCCGGCAGCCACGAGGACGAGCUCAAUGUCACCGAAUCCAUGAGACUGAACGAGACGUGUGUGAUGAGGAACAACAGCAAGAUCCACGUCUUUCGGCACAACUCCACCCUGGUGCACGUUGAUGACCAGGUGUUUUCCAUGGCCGAAUUGAUCCAAAGCGACAAGGACCUGCUGAUCCUGAAGCACUUCAACACCACCAUCCUGGGUCUGAGCCUCUCGGCGCGAACACCCAACGUUAGCAAGGAGCACCUGGAGGAGUUCAAAGCCCACUUGCACUGCCUGGGCUUCACCGAGGACGAUGUGUUCUUCACGUCCGAAAAGGAAGCCUGUCCCCUGCCCAGGGAGAAGACAGGCGAAGGCGAUGCUGAGCCGCAGCUGUUGUAA